GUGAAUUAUGAAUUCGGCUGAUCCGUCCGGUAUGCUACAUAUGACCCGCAUCAUAAACAGAACGCGCACUGGCGCAAGAAUAAGGAAAUAAAAGGUCUAACGUGUGUAUAUAAUCCCACGGUCGAUAUCUAGUAGAGCACUCGUCUGUUACCGAGCCUUCCCACUCACAAUUCCGCUUAUAAAACCCCGUCGCCUGCUGCUCUUAUAUUGACUAUCGCCGAUCAAGAAAAACUUAAUAAGGACACGGCGGACGUCCGAUGGACGGCAACACGAUAAUCGCCGAAAUGAACCACGAACAUAUUGCACAUGGAGGGUAUGGUGAGAAUGGUUCUGCUUGGGUCCCAUUGAAUAGAGCGCCUGGCACCUCGAUGGGGUCCGUGGCUUUCGGGGUGGUUCACUAUCCAGAAUGCCAGCACAGGGCCGUGGACUCACGUGAGUUGGGCAUGCUUCGUUAUCGGUGUCCCGGCGAGGGUCAUCGACAGCACUAUACUCGGUAUAACGAUGAGCUGGGGCCGCCGUCCGGUGCCGGAUACCAGAGCAAUCACGGACCCUUUCCCGGAGCGGCGGUGGACGUCUCCUACUACGGUGGACAAUAUCCAGUUAGGCAUGAUACCAGAUAUCAGCUUGCCCCUGAUGAGCAUAACGCCAACGUCGUCGCCGUCGAAUACUCUGCCCCCGCAGAAGCAAGGAGCCCGCAGAACACUGGCCGACGGGAUGUUCCCCGCUGCCCUUACUGCCACGAGCCGGUCGUACAACUUAGGCGGCACAUCAUGACAGUGCAUCCUCAAACGCUGCCGACAGAGCCUCAGAAGUACUUCUGCGGGGUGAAAGGUUGCCCCAGGACUAAAAGUUUCAAUCGAAAGGAUAAUCGCGACCAACAUUUGAGAACAGUCCAUAAGAUAGAACCUUUGGUUCGCGAGUAGGGAGGUUGUUCAACGAUGAGUCCGUGGACCGGAGGAGGAGGAGGAGGAGGAGGACGAGGAUGCGAUCUUCUGGUCGGGGGAGGAUUUGUUGUCCCGGAGUGUAGUCCUUACAGGAAAACAUUGGCCGUUUCCAUUGAAGUUUCGAUCGAGUGAUUGUGAGCUAAGAGGAUUG